UCAGCCUCCCUCACUCCGUGCCGAAGCCGCCUCCCCCAUUUUUCCUACCUCGAUUCCUCUUUCGAAUCGCAAUGGCGAUGCGGGUUGCCUUCUCUCCCUCGAUCCGAUCGAACCCGUCGCAGUUGCCGUCUCCUUGGGCUAAUCCCUCUCCCAACUCUCUGAAUCGGUCCCUAAACUGGCACAGCCGGCAGUCGCGCCCUCAUGGCUCCGCCGCCUCCGGCCAGAGAGGGAGGGAGUUCCUCGCGGUGAGGUCUAGCUUGGAUACCGCCGUUCCGGUCGUGGGGCAGGUGACGGAGGUCAAUAAGGACACUUUCUGGCCCCUUGUCGAGGCUGCCGGUGAUAGGGUCGUCGUCCUCGACAUGUACACCCAAUGGUGUGGCCCUUGCAAGGUGAUGGCCCCAAAAUUCCAGGAGUUGUCUGAGAAACAUCUCGAUGUUGUAUUCGUGAAACUAGACUGCAAUCAGGACAAUAAGACCCUUGCCAAGGAGUUGGGCAUAAGAGUAGUACCAACUUUCAAGAUCCUCAAGGAGGGGAAGGUGGUGAAGGAAGUAACAGGAGCAAAAUAUGAUGAUCUAGUCCUCGCCAUUGACACUGUGAAAUCAAGUUGAUAUCUUCCUGCCUGUUUGGCAAUUCCAUAUAGUUCGGGACUAAUAUACGAUGGCAACAUUUGAUUAGUUGUGUGCAUUCUGAAAUUGACCAUGUGGAUUGGUUCAGUGGUUACAAAGAUAUUUUCUCCAAAGUCUCCAUUAA